CGCUAAAGUUGAAAUUUUCUGUGAUGCUCAUGUAAUAAAUCUCAAUAAAAUGGAACAGUUCGAUCAAAUAAUGCCCUUGGAUUAUUCCGGAAAUGAAGUUAGUGGUUACAUUAAAGCGAUGAAUGAAGAAUUUUACAUCCAUUUAAUUAUUCAGGAAAAUGUUUAUCCAAAAAAAGUAUCUUUGAAAGGAUGUGAGAAAUUGUACGAAGUAUUAAAGCCUAUACUUGAUGGUCUUGAACAGAACUUGCAUCAUAUAGACACCAUUACGGAGAUGCAGUAUGAGAUUCAAAAUGCUUUGGAACAACAAAUACGUGCAAGAGGCCCAAAUCAGUCCAUUGAUGGGCAUGCAGAAUACAAAUAUUUUUUUGAACAGUUACAGGAAUGUGGAUGGGAUAAAGUUCAUUUUAUAAGUCCAGAUUUUCAUGAACUACAACUUAAGGCAGUUGAUGAUUCCGAUAGAGAACAUAUUUUAAAAAUAUGGAUACCAGAUAAGUUUCCAAAUGAAGAACCUAAAUAUGAAAGUGAUCUACCACAAGAAUUUCAGUAUAGAUGGCUACCGGGCGACACUUUGCUCAAUAUGUUCAUAGUAUUUCAAGAAACUUUAAAUAUGUAUGCUGAAUUCUGGAAUAUUAUGGAUGAAUUAGAUAAAAAUACUUGGAUUUUAGAGCCAGAAGUCACCUCAAGAAAAGAUUGUAAACGGAGAAUAGCUUUGGCUUCUGGGGUUUCUUUGCUUCUGGUGAUUAAUCCUCUGAUGCCAACUUCUAUUCCAACUUGCCAUUACCUCGGACCUGAAAGAAUUGUUGAACCAAUGAGGUCAAAAUUCAACAAGAAUAUUCACUUGUGGAGUGAAUUUGAUUCAGUAUUAGCAAACCUUCAGCAAAUUUUGGAGCUAGAGUUUCCAUCACCAACAACUUCUGUUAAAGAAGAGUUUUGUAUGGAAUGUGGAAUCUGUUAUUCAUAUUUGUUAGGUGAAGCAAUCCCAGAAAUGACAUGUGACAAUCCAAAUUGUAAUCAGCCAUUUCAUCAUGCAUGUAUAUAUGAAUAUUUAAGAAUGCUGCCAGAUGUGCGAAGUAGUUUUAAUAAGCUGUUUGGUCAGUGUCCAUAUUGCAGUCAGCCUUUAUGGUGUACAAUAAUUUGAAAUUUGCUUUAUCCUUAUUUCAUAGAUUUAUAUGUACAAGAUGAUUCAAAAAUCCAUAAACAUACUUAAAAGGGUAGAUAUGCAAAAAUAAUUCAUUUUUAAAAACUUGGAAGUUUCAAACACAAAGGUUGAUCAUAAAAGAGAGUUACCUGUCAGUGAAUGAAAUUUUAAUGAAAGGAAGGGAUGCAGCAGAUAAAAUGUACAAUAUUUGAUGAAUGUAAAUUCACAACUGCACAGUUGCAUGAAUGUCUAUUUGUAAAGCUUCUAAUAACUUCUUUUAGUACUUAUUUUAAAUCUGCCAAAGAUUUAUUGUGUUCAGCUUGCCUUAUUAUCUGUCAUGCUGUUUACAAUUUGUAGUUUUGUUUUUCAUGCCUCUGGGUUGUUGUACUAUUAUGAAUUUGUAUUUCAUUAAACUUAAAUUCUACUGUUUAUUUUGUUUAUUCUUUUCCUCUGGCUUAAUUCACUAACAAAGAGCUCUUGCAGCAGUUAUAUUUCCUGUUUAUGAUCUGUCUUCUAUUGUAAAGCUUUUUUCUAAUGCUUGAUCUACCUUUUUAAGUU